CCUGAUUGUUCUGUUCUGUUCUCCAAUUUGAUUUCAAUGGAGAAUGUCGAUUCAAUCUACAACUGGUAUUGGUUGCUAAAAUUUUUUAUUUCGAGAUGGAUGCUUCGAUCUAAAGUUGGUAGUGUGCAGAUGAUGUCAACUAGUUUUACCCAAACGAACAGCUCAGUUACAAGGGGUUCAUCUUUUACCGAGAUUAUACGCCUUUACUAUUAUCUUAGUCAAAAAAAAAAAGGGCCCGUGAUUUCAAUCGGACAUCAAACUACUGAAAGAUGGGCUGGGAAACUAGGAAUAAAUACAUUGAUGCAGAAACACUCAACCUCUUGAGCCACGGCCACGCUGCAGUGGGGUUGUCAGCUGCUACUUUUGUUCGCCGUGAGCAGCGCCUGCACGGCUGCCAUUGUCCGGUUCCAAGCCCCAUCAACAAGGCACCUUUCAGAAAGAAAGGCAUCAAUGUGAUUGCAAGGCUCUUUCUUGCAAUCACCAUUGCUGAAGCACAAGACCACCCAAAUCCCUCAUUCCUACCAGAGCGAGCGAGGCUACGGCGAUAUUGCUGAGACUCGUUUGUCAAGCGCCAGCCUUUGAGACUUGUUUGUCUUCUCCACCGCACCCAGCAACUGUGCUUCCCUGUGUCCUGCGAUGGCGGAGCUAAUGGCCACCAUGGUGGUCGGCCCACUGCUGUCCAUGGUGAAGGAGAAGGCCUCCAGCUACCUCCUGCAGCAGUACAAGGUGAUGGAGGGCAUGGAGGAGCAGCACGAGAUCCUCAAACGCAAGCUGCCGGCCAUCCUCGACGUCAUUGCCGACGCCGAGGAGCAGGCGGCGAAGCACAGGGAAGGGGUGAAAGCAUGGCUCGAGGUGCUCCGGAAGGUGGCCUACCAGGCGAACGAUGUCUUCGACGAGUUCGAGUACGAGGCACUGCGUCGCAGAGCCAAGGCCAAGGGUCAGUACAAGAAGCUCGGCAGCAUGGAUGUAAUAAAGCUCAUUCCUACUCACAACCGUAUUGUGUUUCGUUACAGGAUGGGCAACAAGCUCAGGAUGGUUCUGAAUGCAAUUGAGGUCCUAAUCACAGAGAUGAAUGCCUUUAGGUUUGAAUUCCGACCCGAGCCGCCGAUGUCAUCCAUGAAAUGGAGGAAGACAGAUUCUAAAAUCUCCCAACUUUAUGAGGACAUUGCUGCUGAAUCAAGAAAGGAAGACAAGCAGGCGAUUGUCAAUAGAUUGCUUGCUCAAGCCAGCAAUGGGGAUCUCACUGUUCUUCCCAUAGUAGGAAUGGGGGGGUUGGGUAAGACCACCUUGGCGCAGCUCAUUUACAACGACCCUGAAAUCCAGAAGCAUUUUCAGUUGCUGCUGUGGGUGUGUGUCUCUGACAACUUCGAUGUGGAUUCGCUGGCUAAAAGCAUAGUUGAAGCAGCUGGCAAAGGGAAGAAUGAACUUAAAGAAGUUGUCAGUGGGCAUAGGUAUCUCCUCGUAUUGGAUGAUGUCUGGAACCGUGAGGCUAGUAAGUGGGAAGCCCUCAAGUCCUACCUUCGACAUGGUGCCAGCGGUAGCUCAGUUUUGACAACCACUCGUGAUCAAGAAGUUGCUCAACUAAUGGCUACAACUGAAAAACCUUAUGAUCUCAAGAGCUUGAAUGAUAAGUUCAUAAAGGAAAUUAUUCAGAGAAGUGCUUUCAGUUCAGAACAAGAAAAAAGACGUCCUGAGCUACUCGAAAUGGUUGGUGAUAUUGCCAAGAGAUGUUCUGGUUCUCCAUUAGCUGCAACAGCAUUGGGCUCUACACUGAGGACGAAGACCACCAAGAAAGAAUGGGAGGCUGUACUAAGUAGCAGCACAAUUUGUGGUGAGGAAAAUGGAAUCUUACCAAUACUCAAGCUCAGUUUCAAUUGCUUGCCACCAUAUAUGCGGCAGUGCUUUGCUUUCUGUGCUAUUUUUCCCAAGGAUUAUGAGAUUGACGUGGAAAUGCUGAUCCAGUUAUGGAUGGCCAAUGGUUUUAUCCCAGAGCAUCAAGGAGAGUGCCCUGAAAUCACUGGUAAAAGAAUUUUCAAGGAUUUGGAGUCAAGGUCAUUUUUUCAGGAUGUGAAAGGAAUCCCAUUCGAGUUCCAUGAUAUAAAUGACUCCAGGGUUACUUGUAAGAUCCACGACCUUAUGCAUGAUGUUGCACAGUCUUCCAUGGGAAAAGAAUGCGUUGCUAUAUCUAGAAAAUUUAGUAAAAGUGAGGAUUUUCCUAAUUCAGCUCGCCAUUUAUUUUUGUCGAGUUGUUUACCAGAAGAUGCUCUGAACGCUUCCCUGGAGAAAGUAUGUCCAGGUAUCCAAACAUUGAUAUGUUCCCGACAAUAUGAAAAAGACAUAUCUGUAAAUGGAGAUUUGCAGAGGUCAGUGAGAGCACUAAAGAUUGAGGGUGGUUUACUGCUGAAACCAAAAUAUCUUCGUCACCUAAGGUAUCUCGAUCUCUCAAACACUAAAAUUGAAGCACUUCCUGAAGACAUAAGCAUCCUAUAUCAUCUGCAAACAUUGAACCUUUGUGAUUGUUUCUAUCUUUGUCAACUUCCAAAGGGAAUGAAGUACAUGACCACCCUCCGUCACCUGUACACUGACGGAUGUGUCGGAUUAAAAAGCAUGCCUCCGGAUCUCGGACACCUCACUUGCCUACAGACGCUUACAUAUUUUGUAGCCAGUGCUAGCUCUGGCUGCAGUGAUUUGAGCGAACUGGGGCAGUUGGACCUUGGUGGUCAACUACAUCUAACACAACUAGAAAAUGUGACAAGAGCAUCUGCAAAAGCAGCAAAUCUCGGAAAGAAGGAAAAACUGACCAAAUUGACAUUACGAUGGACUUAUCAGGAGUACAAGGAGGCACAAAGUAAUAAGCAUAAAGAGGUAUUGGAAGGUCUCACGCCUCACGAGGGGAUCAAAGUUCUGACGAUAGACGGCUGUGGGAGCAGUAUAUGUCCAGCUUGGAUGAAUACUAAGCUGCAGCACAUGGUGGAUCUUCGGUUAUAUUCUUGCAACAAUCUCGCGAAGCUUCCUCCACUGUGGCAUCUACCAGCUCUAGAAGUUCUUUGCCUUGAUGAACUGGGUGGUUUAAAUUGCUUGCUCAGCAAUGACACACGCACACCCAUCACAUUUCACAGAUUGAAGGAGCUUAAAUUGUUGAAUAUGCCAAAUUUUGAGACAUGGUGGGACAUAAAUGAGGUACAGGGAGAAGAGCUGGUAUUUCCUCGGGUUGAAAAUUUGCGUAUCACAUCUUGUCGCAUGCUAACUGCAUUGCCAAAAGCGUCAAAUGCAAUUUCAGAUUCGUCUGGCGGAGUUAGCACUGUGUGUCGUUCUGCAUUUCCAGCAUUGAAGACAAUGGAAUUAAAUGGUUUGGAUAUCUUUGAUGGAUGGGAGGCAGUUGAUGGAACUCCGAGCAAGGAGGUAACAUUUCCUCAGCUUGACGAAUUAGUAAUCUUGUGGUGCCCACAGUUGAGUACUCUACCUGAAGCACCAAUGCUAAAUGAGUUAAAUAUAUAUGAAGGCAACCAACAAAUAUCCCUACAGGCAGCUGGCAGAUAUAUUACUUCAUUGUCCAGUCUCGUUCUGGAAUUAUCAACUGAUGACACAAAGACAGAAUUGGUGGACACACAAAAUUCGAGUGAACUGGUGCAUGAGAAGGAGAAAUGGAAUCAUAAAUCUCCCCUGGAAAUUAUAUACUUAAGGGGGUGCAACCUUUUAUUCUCUCACCCAACUGCACUGGCUCUGUGGACAUGUUUUGUACGGCUACUAGAUCUGAAAAUUGACGGAGUCGAUGUAAUUGUCCACUGGCCAGAAAAGGUGUUCCAAGACUUGGUUUCCUUGAGGAAGUUAGGUAUUCGUAGAUGCAGUAAUCUGACAGGACACACGGAAGCUUGUGAGCAAUCUACACCAGCACCAAGUGAACUCCUGCCACGUUUGGAGUCCCUAGAGAUAACCGAUUGUGAAUCUUUUGUAGAGGUCCCCCGCUUACCAGCGUCUCUCAAGCAAUUACUAAUUAGGGGAUGCGGUGGCCUGGAAUCCGUCAUAUUCAGUCAGCAGCGGGAGUCGACGAGCUUGGUGAGUGCGGAAAGUGGGGCACGGCCAUCGUUAGUAUCAGAGCCCAGCAGCGAUGCCGUCGAUCGCGUCCUUCCAUGCCUGGAAUCUCUAGAAAUACAGCGGUGCAGUCGUCUGGAGGUUCUCCAUCUUCCUCCGUCCAUCAAGACAUUGGAAAUUUGGGAGUGUGGAAGUCUCCAGUCCCUCUCAGGAAAGCUGGAUGCUGUUCAAAAAUUAAGUAUAGAAUCAUGCAAGAGCUUGAAAUCACUGGAAUCUUGCUUUGGAGAGGUCCCGUCACUACAACACCUCCAACUUUAUAAUUGCAAAAGCCUGGUAUCCUUGCCAGAGGGGCCUCAAGCAUACUCGUCUCUUAAAAUUUUUAAAUUUGCUUCCUGCCCGGGUAUAAAGUUGCUUCCACCCAGCCUGCAGCAACAUCUGGAUGACAUCGAGGUGAAAUUCGUAGAUGCCUGCUACAAAGAACCAGAACCGGAACCAGAACUGGAACUAGAGGCUCUUCAUCGUCAAUCUGCAAUCGGUAGACUGCUGUGCCUAAAGUAGCUGAUUCAGGACCAGAUGAAAGUUGUCAUCAUGGAUCGUUGCCAGGUUGCAAGUGAUGCGUUAUUAAUUGUGCUCCGUGGUACAAUGCCUACCCUUUCUCUUUCUCAAGAUAAACUCUGUUUACAAGGAUGAUGCCGAUCCAAGACCUUGACAGAACAGAUAGGACAACAGACUGCAAGAUGAAGAACAACAGAUAGGACUCCAGGCUCCACUAUGUUUUUUAUUUUCUUGUGAGCUGUCAUGUGUUUGAUUUCGUUUGUUCUCCAGCAUAGGAAAAGCGGUUCAUGGUGUAUUCCUCCUAUUUUUGAUUGACUGCAGAGUGUAUUUGUGAUUGAUCAACGAUCCAACAUAUUAUCCCUGUUCGUCAAGUUGUUUCAUGAAGCUUCUUGAGUUCUUGAUAUGCACUGGAAGUAUUGAACGGCACUUCUUGUAGGUGUCAGAUGACCCUGCAAGUUUUUCGGGUUGCCAAAACCUUGUGCAGAGAUCUCGCGAGUACUAUAUUUAUAAGCCUGUUUAUAUUUACGUUUUGCAGCAACGUUUUCUCCCGGUAGGAAUUGAUCAAUUGAACUGUCGUUACACAGGUUGAAAGAUUUUGGAGUGCAUAUGUUUGCUCUCGACAAAACCGUUCACCUAUGCACGAAAAGAAAAAAAAAAAACUCGGUGUUGUUCAACACUCGAAAGAUCCCAAUCCCUCU